AUGUCGAAGCGGAUAGUACUAAUAAUAUCAAUAUCGUGUUUAUUGAAUACCGUAAAAAAAAACAAUGAAAAUUAUACAUUAUGUAUUUGCUUUUCAGCAUAUGCCGGCGUCCUGACCAUAAGUGGAUCUGCUGGUUUGUCUAUAGGAAGAGAAGGUAGUCGGGGACCACUCGGAAUUAUAGGAGCUAAGAUUUCAAGCUUAAAAGAUAAGCUAACAAACAUAGGCAGCGUUAUUAGUGGUGGAAUAAUCGCUUCUGUACAUAAACCAUCUUCGUCUACACUUACUACUAUAACUAAUUCGGAAACAUCUGGAAUCACUGUACCAUCAACAACUGAACUACCAAAUACCCCUUGGACGUCUAUAACACCUACAAGCAAUACGCCUGAAAUCGCUGAUACUAGUAGUCCUACCACUGAAGGUACUGCAGCUUCUACGGCUUCUGAAGGUUCGACGGCAACCGAGGCACCAACAACGACUGAAGGUUCCGAUGCAACGGAAGCACCUACAACUGGAACUACUGGAGCUUCUGAGGCAACAGUAGCACCUACAACUGAAACUACUGCAGCUUCUGAGGCAACAGAAGCACCUACGACUGAAGGGCCCGAUGCAACGGAAGCACCUACAACUGAAGCUAAUGGAGCUUCCGAAGCAACAGUAACACCUACGACUGAGACUACUGAAGGUUCCGAGGCAACAGAAGCUCCCACAACUGAAGCUACUGAUGGCUCGGAGGCAACAGAAGCUCCUACGACUGAAGGUACUGAGGAUUCUGGGGUAACAGACGCUCCAACGACUAAAGCUUCUGAGGAAACAGAGGAACCUACAACUGAAGGUACUGAGGCUUCUGAGGCAACAGAAGCACCAACGACUGGAGCUUCCGAAGCAACAGAAGCACCAACGACUGAAGCUUCUGAGGCAACAGAUACACCUACGACUGAGGCUUCCGAAGCAACAGAAGCACCUACGACUGGAGCUUCCGAAGAAACAGAAGCACCUACGACUGAAGCUUCAGAGGCUUCUGAGGCAACAGAAGCACCUACGACUGAAGCUUCUGAGGCUUCUGAGGCAACAGAUGCACAUACGACUGAAGCUUCUGAAGAAACAGAAGCACCUACAACUGAAGGUACUGAGGCUUCCGAGGCAACAGAAGCACCAACGACUGAAGCUUCUGAGGCAACAGAUGCACCUACAUCUGAAGGUACUGAGGCUUCCGAAGCGACAGAAGCACCUACUACAGGAGCUUCCGAAGCAUCAGAAGCACCUACGACUGGAGCUUCCGAAGCAACUGAAGCACCUACGACUGAAGCUUCUGAGGCAACUGAAGCACCUACAACUGAAGGUACCGAGGCUUCCGAGGCAACAGAAGCACCAACGACUGAAGCUUCUGAGGCAACAGAUGCACCUACAUCUGAAGGUACUGAGGCAACAGAAGCACCUACUACUGGAGCUUCCGAAGCAACAGAAGCACCCACUUCUGGAGCUUCCGAGGCAACAAAUGCACCAACGACUGCAGCUUCUGAGGCAACAGAAGAACCAACGACCGAACUUUCUGAGGCAACAGAAGCACCUACGACUGAAUCUUCUGAGGCAACAUCAGAACCUACGACUGAAGCUUCUGAGGCUACAGAGACACCAACGACUGAAGCUUCCGAAGUCACAGAAGCAUCUACUACUGGAGCUUCCGAGGCAACAGAAGACCCUACGACUGAACCUUCUGAGGGGACAGAAACUUACACUACAAAUUCAGAAACAUCCAGCGUUGCAACUACUACAACUAAGCCAAUUUUAUUACGAUGUUCAUGUUAUAAAGAACGUCGUUGGAGAAAUUAAAAUUAUUGUACUUUUAAUUCGCUGAUUUAAUAAACAUUUCACGAAAUUC